AUGGCCGCCGCCAAGCGCAAGCAGCAGUCACCCGCUGCCGAGCCGCAGCACGACGACGAGGACGAAAAGGCGCUCGACCCCAAGCUCGCCGAGUAUCCGGACGAGGACGAGAGCGACACCUCCAAGCCGCCCACCAAGCGUGCCAAGAAGGCCAGCGGCUCGGGCGCCGUCGUCAAGGGCGAAAAGGGCGUCGACAACAAGUACGGCUCGUCGGCUUACGCCAAGUCCGGCGACGGCUGGCAUCGCAGCGACUUCAACCCGGCACCCAAGGGUCGCAAAGACAACCGCACGCCGCUUCAAGACCUUGAGGAUGCGCUCAAGAAGCAUGCACCGUCCAAAUCCAACGAUGUUGCCGACGCCAAGAACGUCGUCUACUGGAUGCGCAUGCACGAUCUGCGCAUCCACGACAACCGUGCGCUCGCCCACGCCUCCCACCUCGCCGCUGCCCGCCGCAAGAAGGGCAAGGGUGGAAACCUGGUGGCGCUCUUUGUCAUCACGCCCGCCGAUUACCGCGCACACGAUCGCAGCCCGCGCCGCAUCGACUUUGUCCUCCGCACCCUCGCCGUGCUCCAGCGCAGCUUCGACAAGCUCAACAUCCCCUUUGUCGUCUACACGCACACGGGCAAGCGCACCGAGGUAGGAGACAAGAUCUUUGAACUCUGCCAACAGUGGAACGCCUCGCAGCUCACGGCCAACAUUGAGUACGAGGUGGACGAGCUGUGGCGCGAUAUCGGCAUGGUGGAGCGCGCCGCCGACUCGGGCGUGAGCUUCAGCAUGAUGCACGACUGCUACGUCGUCCCGCCCGGUCGCGUUCUGACCAACGAUGGCCGACCCUACUCGGUCUUCUCGCCGUGGAACCGAAAGUGGACCGAGGCCAUCUUCAAGGACAUGUCGCUUAUCGAAGCGUCGCCCGACCCUGCAUCCAACGACGCAUCCAUCCGCAAAGAUGCGCAGCUCGGCGCACUGUUCGAUCUGCAGAAACUCGGCGAUGGAUUCGGCAUUCCCGAGGAGCUGGAGGGAUUCGAGUGCAAGGACCGCAAGUACAUGGCCAAGCUGUGGCCUGUCGACGACGGCGCGCCUUCGCAGGUGCUCGACAACUUCAUGAAAGGCAAGGGCGGCGAGACAGCGCUUGACCGACCCGCCACGGAGCCGAGCACCAAGGACGUGGGUGGCAACGCCAAAGACUCGCGCCUGGGUCGCUACGCCGAAGGUCGCAACCUCAUGAACGAGAACGGCACAUCGCGAAUCAGCCCGUACCUCGCCGCUGGGCUGGUCUCGCCGCGCGAGUGCCUGCGGCGCACCAAGGAGCUCACCAAAGGCAAGCUGCACGUUGGUCGCGACAGCGGUGCGGCCAUGUGGAACACCGAGAUCUCCUUCCGCGACUUUUACGGCCACGUUCUCGCCGCCUGGCCCAAAGUCUGCAUGGGUCACGCCUUUAUCACCAAGUACGAAGACGUCAAGUGGGAGACGGACGCUUCGACGCUCCAGGCGUGGAAAGAAGGACGGACUGGCUAUCCGAUUGUCGAUGCUGCUCAGAGGCAGUGUAUGCAACAAGGCUACAUCCACAACCGCGGACGCAUGAUCACGGCCAUGUUCCUGACCAAACAUCUGCUGCACGACUGGCGCGAGGGCGAACGUCAUUUCUCGCUCAACUUUAUCGACCAAGACUUUGCCUCCAACAACGGCGGAUGGCAGUGGAGUGCCAGUACGGGCACGGAUCCACAGCCGUACUUUAGGAUCUUCAACCCGCUCUCCCAGAGCGAGAAGAGCGAUCCGCAGGGCGAUUACAUUCGACACUUUGUGCCCGAGUUGAGGGGCGUCAAGGGAAAGGCCAUCCACGAUCCCUACGCAAGACUCUCCAAGGCCGAGUUUGAAAAGCUGGGCUAUCCAAAGCCCAUUGUCGAGCAUGCGCAAGCAAGACAGCGUGCCCUCAGGAGAUACAAGAAUCCAGGCGACGAGUAG